AUGUUGUUUAAUGACCCUAAAGUCUGUGAAAAAGGCGUGAUUGUGGUACAAGAAUGGUGGGGGUUAAAUCAGCAGAUAUUAGCUAUGGCUCUUGAUAUAUCAAAACGGGGAAAUUUCACCACUAUAGUCCCUGAUUUAUACAGAGGAGAAGUUGCUACCAAUAAUGAACAAGCUGGACAUUUGAUGGCCUCACUGGACUGGCCAGGCGCUGUACAGGAUAUACAAGGAAGUGCUAAAUAUCUCAUUCGUAAUGGCUGUACUAAAGUGGGCGUGAUUGGCUUCUGUAUGGGCGGGGCGUUGUCAUUAGCAGCCGCAUCAUUGGUACCACAGAUCAGUGCUGCUGCACCAUUUUAUGGUAUCCCUGCCGCCGAGCUAGCUGACAUGUCGAAGAUUAAGAUUCCGUUGCAGUGCCAUUUUGGUGAUUAUGAUGCCCACGUUGGAUUUUCAUCCAAAAAAGAUCAGAUUAAGUUACAAAAAUUACUGGACGCCGGAGGAGUAAAAUAUGAAUUCUUCGGUUACCCGGCGCAUCAUGCUUUCACUAACGCCUCCGGACCGAAUUAUAACGCAGAGAUGACUGAAAGGGCUAUAAAUCGAGCUGUCGAUUUCUUCGUGAAAAACUUGGCUUAG